CAAAAACACUACUGUGGUUAGUUCCGCACACUCAUGUUUAAUAUAUCCUCAUGAACUUUUACCAAACUUCAGGGGGCGGGAACAUCUGGGAGCAUGUGCUGGAAUUUCACGACUUUGAAUAACUGGGUUGUGCAUGAAAAGCAAGGAUGUCCUGCUCUGCUAUCGGACGGCGGCUGGUUGCGUGUCUCCUGAACAUCUCAGAGGCUAGAAGAAGAGAUCUGGUGGAGACAGUGGCCAGAUCAGCCAUCACCGACAAACACGGAAGAAAGCGUGAGGGCGUCACUGUGCUGAACAUCUUUAAAGAUUUUGACUACAACCGCUCUGUCAUCACUAUUGUUGCAAGCAUCGACCUAAUAAGGGAGGCUGUAUUGUCAGCUUGUGAAAAUGCAUGCUCUCUGAUUAACAUGAGUGCCCAUGAGGGCAUUCACCCAUGUAUGGGUGCAGUGGAUCUGGUGCCUCUUUACCCACUUGGGGAGGAGGUGGGCCUGGAGGAUUGUGGUAAAGAGGCCCGGGCAUUAGCCACGGCUCUGACAGAACGAGUGGCAGGAAGCAGUGCCUUUUUGUUUGGUUGGGCAGAUUCUCCACAGCAUCGAGGACUGGCUCAGAGGAGAAAAGAAGUUGGCUGGUUCAGAAAGACCUUUGAUAUGUCAGCUAUACAGCCGGAUGUAGGUCCACAGCCCAUCAGGAGAUUCGGCAUUACAGGUGUUGGCGCCAGCCCCUAUGUAAUGAACUGCAAUGUGACCAUCGAUACUCAGGAUCUGGCUCUGGGCCAGGGUGUGGCAGCAGCCAUUCGUGAGACCAGCGCUGACGGUGUCCCUGGAGUUCAGGUCCUGGCCCUGCACCAUGAAGGUGCUGUGGAGAUCGCUUGCAAUGUGGAGAGCAUUCAGGGUGCUUCUCCAUCUUUAACUAAUGGUGAGGAACCCUGGCCAAGUUUCACCAUUGGAGGGCAAAACUUCUGCCAUGCUCCUGCCUCAUUAAUCACAGCACGGGUUGCAGAGAUAUCUGGUCUCCAUGGUGUGGCCAUAAAGGGUACAGCCCUGGUGGGCUUUACCCCAAAUGAGUGCCGGAGUCUGGCAGAGGAAGCACUGUCAAAGGGCAUUGGAGAGUACUGGGAGGAGCUGCGCCGUGUGCACAUGUGAUCACAGCGCAAACUCGU